UUUACAUUUUGUGCUGAAUUUUAAAAAUUACAAAUAGCUUAAUUAAACACAAUAAAUGGACAUUACGAGAGUUCCAAAUGAAAAGAAAUUGUAUCUCUGCCAAUGGUAUUUUAGAGUUGGAUUUCUGUUCCUGCCAUUCGUAUGGCUUAUUAAUGUUAUCUGGUUCUUCAAUUCCGCUUUCAAACAAGCUCCAUUUGACGAACAAAAAGCGAUAAAGAAAUAUGUGAUAUUUUCAGCAAUAGGAAGUAUAUUUUGGAUGGUUAUACUUAUAUCAUGGAUAGUGACAUUCCAAACAAACCGAAUCGAAUGGGGAGAAUUUGCAGACGAUCUUUCAUUCAUCAUUCCGUUAGGCUCCAAAUAGCUUCAUAUAAUAAACUUUUUUUAUACCUAAUCAUUGACAAUUCAUCUCUCAUGUAUUUAAGUUAAUCAAUUAAUUCCUUGACAUUAUUGACUGUUAAGACUCUUUAUACAUAAACAAUCAUGAAUAAAUUCCACUAAAUAAAAGUC